UAGAAAUCUCUUCAACAGAUAUUUAAUCAAAAAGGUUAGAGAGUAGAACAUAUAGAAUGAACUUGAGAAAAGAAAUUGACGUGAAUAAUCAAAGUUUAAUGAAAAUUAAGUACUUUUAAAUAAAAUCCCAGCAAAUGGAGUAUUCCUCUCUAAAUAUAUUUGAUCAUAUAAUUGAUACAAAAAUAAUAGUUAACGUACAAAUUUUGUUGAAAAGAAUUACAUAAUAAUAUAACAGGGGUCCCUAUCCAUAAUUAUUAUCAAAGUUGCUUUUUUUAUUGUUUUUGAGGAUGUCAUACAUGUAAUUAUGAUUUAAGUCUAUGAAUUAUGAUUAGUAAAGAUUUUAUUUUCUGGCAAAACUAAAUAAGG